UUCAGGGAUGGAGCGAUAUGACCGCGCCAUUACAAUCUUCUCACCGGACGGUCAUCUUUUUCAGGUGGAGUAUGCGCAAGAAGCGGUCAAGAAAGGAUCAACUGCGGUUGGUGUGCGAGGUAAAAACUGUGUUGUGAUCGGUGUCGAGAAAAAGUCGAUACCAACACUGCAGGAUGAUCGUACCAUACGCAAGAUUCAUAGCAUCGAUGAGCAUGUUAUGCUUGCAUUUGCAGGUCUUAGUGCAGAUGCACGCGUUUUAGUAGAUAGAGCACGAAUUGAAUGUCAAUCAUAUAAAUUGACGCUUGAAGAUCCCGUUACAGUAGGCUAUAUUGCGCGAUUUAUUGCGAACACUAAACAAAGAUUUACGCAAAGCCCAGGAAGAAGACCUUUUGGUAUAUCGAUGCUUAUUGGUGGCUUUGAUUUUGACGGAACUCCGCGAUUAUUCAAAACUGAACCUUCAGGAGCAUAUUACGAAUAUUCUGCAAAUUCAACAGGUCGUGGUGAGAAGCCAGUGCGAGAAUAUCUAGAAGAACAUUACAACGAUGAGACAGCAGCGGAUGAAGCAAGCGUUUUAAAACUGGUAGUGAAAGCUUUAUCGCAAGUGGUUCAAAGUGGUGCUCAAAAUAUCGAAAUUGCUGUCAUGAAGCUGUCCACUGAACCAGGACGCACGGUGGACUAUCGAAUUCUUCCAACUGAAGAAGUGGAAGAACUAAUUAAAGUUGUUGAUGUUGAAAGAAUGGAAGCUGAAGCAGAAGAAACAGCAAAAAAAGCUACCGGGCUGAAGUGAUUCUUUUUUAUUUUCGACAUUUUGUUUGUGGACAUAUUCGUCACAAAAUUCAUUUAUACGUAAUUGAUUAACGAAAUACGUGAAUUACCCGAUAUUUUUGGCAAACUUUAUCAUAAUUUAUUUCUGAAAUGGGAACAUUUUGAAGUGUUUCGUAUUUUAAAAUGGGGAGGAUUUCUUAGAAUAUAUGUUAUAAUAAAGACCAGUCAUGUGCUUUGAACCUAGAAUAGCAUCAUUCAUGUAUGACUGUCCUUGCCUUGACCUUCCUUUUUUUCUUAUUGUCACCGGAUUAUUCAAAUGCAAAAAUGUUCUUUUGAAGGAGGAAAUAUAAAAAGUGACAACCUGUUUGGGUAUCUAGCUACAUUUACAUGGAUUUCAAUGUCAGUUUUGAUUUGCUCUUUUUGAAGUAGCUGUUUGUAAUGUUCACAUGCACUCCGAUGUUGUGUAUUAAUCAGUUAUUGCUAUGUUAAUGGGAAUAAAUUUUAC